GUAGUGGCGGGGGCGGAGGCGGAGGUGUCCGCCUCCGUAGGUUCGGAGUAGGGCGCUGUUGGCGUGCUUGUGACUCUGGUUUCUCAGGUCCUUCCAGCACUUGUCGAGGUGCCUGGCGUUUGGCAGCAUCUCGACUUAUGUGCAGGCCAGUCCCUCGAGAGUUAGGCUGUCGGUGAGCGCAGGCUGUGCCGCGGGUCCAGCGUCUUCACGGUCCUUUCGUAGGAACUGACUUGGAGAGGCGUGGAGGGAAAGAGUACGAGGCCUGCCGGUCAUCUACCGGGCCCACUCCGGAUUUCCAGGAGUCUCCGGAGAAGCUGUCCUCCUGACGUGUGAGGAGACCCGGCCGAGCCCAGGCUGGCUAUGAAGAGCGACGCCUCGACUUCUGCAGCUCCCUUGAAAGGGCUCGGGGGCCCUUUGCGGAGCAGCGAGCCUGCGCGUGCCCUUCCGGCUGUGUCUCCCGGGGCGCACCUGCUAGAGGAGGCGGCCGACCUGUUGGUGGUGCAUCUGGACUUCCAAGCCGCACUAGAGACUUGCGAACGGGCUUGGCAGAGCCUGGCCGAGGAGCCCGCAAGUGGCACUGUUGUGGAGGUGAAGUGCUCCCUGUGUGUUGUGGGGAUCCAGGCUCUGGCAGAAAUGGAUCGGUGGAGAGAAGUCCUGUCCUGGGUCCUCCAGUAUUACCAGGUUCCUGAAAAGCUUCCUCCCAAAGUCCUGGAGCUGUGCAUCCUUCUGUACAGCAAAAUGAAAGAGCCUGGAGCUGUGCUGGCUGUGGUUGAUGCCUGGCUCCAAGACCCAGACAACCAGGGUCUUCCUGAGUACGGAUCAUUGGCAGAACUCCACCUGCUCCGGGUGCUGCUACCCUCGGGCCGCUUGUCAGAGGCUGAGGGGUUAGCAGAGGGCUCUGCAGCUUUCAGCGAGGAGCAGCGGGAAGAAGUGCUCCAGGCCAUCCACACAGCAAAGCAACAGCAUACGGAGGAGCACCUGAGUUCUCAGGAGCAACAGAAGCUGAGCCAGCAGGGUUCGUUCUCCUGGAAGUUGAUGUCACUGCUGAGGUUGCUUCGCCAGCUUUGGGGCUCUGUGACCAGCCACCCCCUCUCUCAGCCCUUCAAAAAGAGCCUCCUGGCCGCCUUGAUCCUCUGUCUGUUGGUUCUGCGGUUUGACCCAGCAACUCCUUCUUCGCUGCCCCUCCUCUACCAGCUGGUCCAGCUCUUUCGCCGGAUCCAGAAGGCCACACUCUCUCGGCUCUACCCACUCGCUCUCCGUGACUGAGUGGUCCUACCCCGGCUGCCUUGGCCUCCUGCAGUCCACAUCUACAGAAGCAGAAACGUUGUGUCCGGUGGCUGAGCCCCAGAUGGCACUGUGGGCGUGGGCCCACGUCGUUCCAGAGAGAGUGAUGAAGGCAGGUGAGCUGGCUUGCUGCCUUGGACCCUCCCUUUGGCAUCCCACUGUGAGGGGGCCUCAAAGGGAGUGUGGAAAUAGCGGUGCCCAAGGCCCAGCCGCCCAGAACAGAGCUCUGGCUGCCCAGAACAGUUCUCUUACCUCUUACUGCAACAGCUCCUCAAAAAGGAGGAGUUCCAGAGCAGGGAAUGUGUCUCGAAACACUGUUACCUGACAAAGGCAGAGGGUGCUUUCCGGGCUGGAUGCUAAGGGAGCUGGGGGUUCACAAACAUCUGGUGGAGUGGCCUUUAGCCUUCCGCUUCUGAGAAACUUACCUCUGAGAAUUGCUCCACAGCACAGUAUUUGAAUUCGAGUGAAGCCAGAGCUGCCUCUUCUCCAUGCUCCUCCCACAGGCGCCAGAAUUACCAGUCAGUUGACCAUCCCUUCCCACUGGUCCUCCAGUGGGGCAGGAGGCUUCUGCCUGAGGCGUUUUGCUAUUCAGGCAGAAUGUGGCUUCUGACCCACCCAGGUGACCGCUGGGAGCAAAGUGAGCCUGCCUGACCUUAUCUCCGGGGAAUGUGAUCUUUCUUGGUGCCUCUUAGUCUUAGCUCAGUUUUCCAGGAUGCCAGGGGCCAAGCACAGCUCUCGUGGACCCACUGUACCCCACUACCCUUUGGCCUGUCCAGCUAACUCUGGUACACACUGUGGCAGGUCCCUCUCUGUGCCCUGAUGUCCUAGUUGCUGUCUGUGGUUUGUAUAAUGCCCGUGUGGCAUGGGAAGUAGGCCAGUCUCAGAGCUCUGAGAGCUGAAAAUGGAACUGGGUAAUCAGGUGAUCUGGAAGAGCUGUGGGGCUGGGCUGAGGGGGCUGGUGGGGGGCCGAAGGGACAAACCCCAGGGACGAGGCGCUGGACUUGCUUCAGCUUUUCUUUUGAUGACCACAAAGAUCUCGAAUGUUUCUGUCUAAAUAAAUGCAGAGCAUUCUGGUCCCACCAGUAUGGCGGCCCUCAGCCGGCCACCCAUGCCAGAUCUCUGUCAGAGUGGAUGAUGGGAAUGCAGAGAGGGUUUGCUAGCUUUUUGCUGGUUGAUUAUUAGGAACUGUGAGUCAACAGUUUCUCCUUAGAAGAGGAAACUUGACAGACACUUAGAAUUCCAUCUGAAUCUGAGGACUUGGGAGCCAUGGUAGCCUUUCCCUGUCAGUUUGGGUAUGGCUUUUAAAUAGACCCCAGCUCACUGGGAAAGAAAAGGACUCAGGAAGGGUUGAAAUCCCUUGACAAGGAUUCCUCUCUUGCUUGCUUUUGAGAUGGGAGUUUCACUAUUGUUACCCAACUUGGCCCAGAACUCCAGGGCUCAAGCGAUGAACUCCACCCACCAGCUUCUUGAAUAUUUGUGACUCAUGCACUUUAUGAGAAUGAUUUUGAAAUGAGAAUCUGGACAUUCACUGCCCUAGAAAAAGCUCCUUAAUGGCUUCCAUGGCCACAGGAUACAAAUGCAGAUUCUUCUGAAAGGAAACUUAGGCCCAGUGUUUGCAGGUUUGGCUCAUAGCUCCUUUGCUGUGCUGCCCUGUUCCCUGGGCACGCUGUAUUCUGGCUGCCAGGCCCUCCGCAGGCCUCUGCUGUGGCUUAGCUGUUACUCCUGGAGGGUCUUGUAGCAGCUCUGCCCCAGGAGACCCUGGGCUCUUCAGGCUUGCUCAAGGGGUACCUAACAUCCUUCCCUAGCUCUGUCUCUGUCCCAGCCUCCAUCUCAAGCCCCUCCUGCAGUGGUGACGUGGUGGUGGUGGGAUUGUCUGCCUCCUCCAGUACUGCAGCUCUUUGAAUCGGCAGAGCAAGGCUCACAUCCCUGCUCUGCUGUGGGUGACUGUUGGCCAGAGUCCAGCCUUCUCAUCUGUAAGUCAGCCCUUAUCUCCCAGGGACUCGCACAUGCGUAAAUGGGCACUUAGGAAGCCGUUGGCACGUUCUCCUGCCCUGAGGAAGAGUUCUUGUGAGUGGUUGCUGAGCCGAGGCCUAGCUGAGCAUGCGUAAGUGCUCAGAGGGGUGAACAAGUGGGCGAUCGAAGAGGGCGUGUGCUUUUGGCAACGUGUGCGGUCCCGUGCUAUGAAACCCGGACUGUAUAGGCUUGGUUGUGCCCAGCUUGUCUCUCUGCUCUCUCCUGAUCCUCUCCGUGGGGCUCUGGUUAUCGUCCUGAAUGCUGCAGGGCUGUCUGUACCCAGCCCUAACCACCUGCCAGUCAGGUGAGGAACUUGUAACCCAAACUGCUGCUGUUACUUUGGCCUUUCCAAGGAUGUAGGCUGGUCCUCAGCUCUGGGCUUAACGAGGUCAGAGUGAAGGAAGGGCCUUCUUGGUAGACCAGUAUGGUAGCCAUCAGCCAGAGGUGGCUUUUGAGCAUGAAAUGUGGCUCAUCUAUGUAGACAUAUUCUGUGAUUGUAAAACGUACACACUAGAUGUCAAAGACCAAGUACUAAAACAUAAAAAUAAAAACUAAAAUAAAAGAAUGGAAAUACAAAGAUUUUUAUAUUGAUUGAAUGUUGAAAUGAUAAUAUUUUGAAUAUAUUGGGUUAAAUAAAAUCUACUGAAACUAA